CUUUCCCACCAACUCUCAUUCCCUAUCUCCUCAUUUCUACAAGCCGCCGACUUCAGACUUCUCCUCCAUGGCGAUUUCGCGAUUUUCCUGAGACCAAGGUUUGUACACCGUUAACCGCGAACCACCAUGCACCCCCGCAAACCGUUGACAACUGCAGCUUCAAACGAGGGCUUUUGCCUUUUGGUCGAAAUAUUACAAGAGGUCAAGACCUGUUAGGGCUUUUGAUUUCAGGCAAGUUAGGGCUUCUAUUGAACCACUAUUUUGUCCUGGAUAAUCGGAAACAAUGAACACAGAAGCAGUGAUUGAGUUCCUUGGUUGCGUCCCUUUGCUUCAGAGACUUCCAAGCUCGUCACUCCACAAAAUCGCCCAAGUCGUCAGCGUCAAACACUACGAUCAAGGGGACUAUGUUGUUCGCGAAGGGGAGUCUGGAGAUGGUGUUUAUUUCAUUUGGGAUGGGCUGGCUGAAGUGAGCGGCCAUGCAGAUGAUGAAUGUCGUCCUGAAUUCCAGUUGAAACGCUAUGAUUAUUUCGGCCAUGGUAUUGCAACAUCUGCUCAACAUGCAGACGUGAUUGCAUUGUCUAAGCUGACCUGCUUGGUGCUGCCACAUAUGUAUCGUGAUCUUCUGCAACCACUAUCAAUCUGGAGUGCAGAUAAAACACUAGAGACAUGUUCACUUGUGGAGCAUAUACUGCACUUGGAGCCAUUAGAAGUGAACAUUUUCCGAGGGAUCACCUUGCCGGAUGCUCCAAAAUUCGGGAAGGUUUUUGGAGGACAGUUUAUUGGGCAGGCCCUGGCUGCAGCUUCAAAAACUGUUGAUUGCCUUAAGAUAGUUCAUAGUCUGCAUGCUUUCUUCCUUCUCGUUGGCGAUUUUGACAUGCCAAUCAUAUAUCAAGUUCACCGCGUACGUGAUGGGAAUAGUUUUGCCACCCGAAGGGUAGAUGCAAUACAAAAAGGAAAUGUUGUAUUCACAUUGCUUGCUUCAUUUCAGAAAGAAGAAGAAGGGUUUGAUCACCAGGAAGCCCUGAUGCCGUCUCUGCCUGAUCCGGAAACGCUUUUGUCCAUGGAAGAGUUGCGCGAGAGACGUCUCACUGAUCCUCGUCUUCCCAGAACCUACCGGAACAAGGUUGCUGCUGCAAAGUUUGUACCAUGGCCAAUCGAAAUAAGAUUUUGUGAGCCAAAUUCUUCUACAAACCAAACCAAAUCUCCUCCAAGUUUAAGGUAUUGGUUCAGAGCAAAAGGAAAACUUUCAGAUGACCAGGCUUUGCAUAGAUGUGUGGCGGCAUUUGCUUCAGAUCUAAUAUUCCUUAGUGUGAGUUUAAAUCCACACCGGAAAAGGGGUUUAAAAACAUCAUCGGUCAGUCUUGAUCACUCGAUGUGGUUUCACAGGCCAUUUAGAGCUGAUGACUGGUUGCUGUUUGUGAUUCUGAGUCCUGCUGCAUACAAUGCACGUGGCUUUUGUUCAGGCCAAAUGUUUAACACCAAGGGAGAGCUUGUUGUAUCGUUGACUCAGGAGGGUUUAAUAAGGAAGGCAAGAGCACCCAAUUCUGAUCUUAAAUCAAAGCUUUAAUGCAAUUCUGAUGAACAUGCUCGAGACCUCUUCGGGUGUUCAACUCCGGCCUUCAUCCUUAUUCAUAAUCUGCUAUCAUUGCAGUACAUAUUUUUGCUCGUCUUUUCUUAUUUUGUAUUGCGUCUUCUUGUGGUAAUGUCUUGCUUGUGGUCAAGAUGAAAGUUUUUCCAGUGCCUCUGGGAGGCACUACAUGGCGCUGCCCUAGGGCACUUAAUAAUUUUUCCUCUAUGAUGUCGGAAGAGCUGGUCGUCCUAGCACAUUAAUUUUCAACUCUUUAUCUCUUUCAUUUAUUCAAAGGAACUCAAAACUAUGCAUUUUUGUCCAACACAGACAAAAUUGUGGGAUCUAGAAUAGAAAACUACUAUCAGAAACAUGAGUUUAAUUGUGUUAAUUACAUGUUUCGUGUCUAUCUAA